GUCCACCACGGGGUGAUGGCGGCGAUGCUUUCCCAAGCCUACGGGCCGCCCGGCGGAGGAGGAGGAGGAGUGGCGGCGGCGGCGGCGGCCGGGAUGCCCCCCGGGCCGGUCUUGAACGGGGAGCAGGCGGCGCUGCUGAGGAGGAAGAGCGUCAACACCACCGAAUGCGUCCCGGUGCCCAGCUCCGAGCAUGUGGCCGAGAUCGUGGGCCGGCAGGGUUGCAAAAUAAAGGCAUUGAGAGCCAAGACGAAUACGUAUAUCAAGACCCCUGUCCGUGGAGAAGAACCCAUUUUUGUGGUCACUGGGCGCAAAGAAGACGUAGCCAUGGCCAAAAGGGAAAUUCUUUCUGCUGCUGAACAUUUCUCCAUGAUAAGAGCUUCACGCAACAAAAAUGGCCCAGCCUUGGGAGGGCUGCCUUGUAACCCCAACCUGCCAGGCCAAACUACAGUCCAAGUCAGGGUGCCUUACCGUGUCGUCGGGCUGGUGGUCGGCCCGAAAGGCGCUACGAUCAAAAGAAUUCAGCAGCAGACUCAUACCUACAUAGUUACUCCCAGUAGAGACAAGGAGCCAGUCUUCGAAGUUACCGGCAUGCCUGAAAACGUAGAUCGUGCUCGUGAAGAGAUAGAAAUGCACAUCGCCAUGCGCACUGGAAACUACAUUGAACUGAAUGAAGAAAAUGAUUUCCAUUACAACGGUACGGAUGUGAGCUUCGAAGGAGGGAACCUGGCAUCUGCCUGGCUUACUUCCAACCCAGUACCUCCUCCAAGCCGCACCAGGAUGAUUUCUAAUUACAGAAAUGACAGUUCCAGUUCUUUAGGAAGUGGCUCCACCGAUUCCUACUUUGGAAGCAAUAGGUUGGCUGACUUCAGCCCAACAAGUCCAUUCAGCACAGGCAAUUUUUGGUUUGGAGAAACGUUGCCUUCCGUAGGUGUAGAGGAUCUUGCAGUAGACUCACCUGCAUACGACUCCUUGCCAACACCUUCUCAAACCAUCUGGACACCAUUUGAACCCGUUAACCCACUCUCCAGUUUUGGUAGUGAACCUGCUAGCAACACGAAGGCUCCGCGGAGAGGGAGUCAGCCAUCUACCCCUCGUCUGUCGCCCACGUUUCCUGAAACCUUAGAACACCCACUGGCAAGGAGAGUAAGAAGUGAUCCACCCAGCACAGUCAACCAGGUUGGCCUUCCAAUCUACAUCCCUGCUUUUUCUAACGGUACCAACAGCUACUCUUCUUCCAAUGGCGGUUCCACAUCUAGUUCCCCUCCGGAGCUGAGACGGAAGCACGACUGCGUGAUAUGCUUUGAGAAUGAAGUAAUCGCUGCCCUGGUUCCGUGUGGUCACAACCUCUUCUGCAUGGAAUGUGCCAACAAGAUCUGUGAAAAAGAAGCACCAUCGUGUCCAGUUUGCCAGGCAGCUGUUACUCAGGCGAUUCAGAUUCACUCGUAAAUAUAUAGAGAUAUUAUAUAUGGACUUUAAAAACUCUUAAUGGCUUGGAUGUAAUGGUACCCCCUAAGUAAACUUAUAAUGAACUCAAGACUGUUAUUGGGCUUUCUUGAGAUUAGGCUAACGUUGUUUGAAAGGCAUGUACUCUUUUCCAAAAUGGCUUGUAUAGUUAACACUAAGCCUAGCUGAUCUUUCUCCAUUUUGGUUGCAGCUGUGACACCUGUAGCAAAGUUUUUCGGGAAUGAAACUGUGACAUGGUAGGAGCAUCAGGCACUUAGAUCAGUUUCGGAACAAAAUAGAGCACGAGUAUUCACGGCUUUCCCGACGAUCUUGACUAUAAAUUGGUGGCAAUGGUCAUGACAAUGAAAAGCCUGGUACAGCCCCGAACGUAGAAACUGUCAGUUAAGGGGGAAGGGUACAAAGGAUUAUCAAUAUAUCAAACACACUUCCAAUGCUGCCUUCUUUACACUGCCAGAUUUUCAAAACAGGUUUGGGGGCGCUUUUUUCCCUCUUUACAACAUAGGCUUAACUUAUCUAAUGUUGCAAAUAAUUUUAUGAUGCACAAAUUGAUUUCCUGACAUUCAGUGUGUAGUGUAGCGGUAUUUUUUAAUCAAUGAGAUCAUUGUUCAUAGUGGACAGAAGGGGGCAAAAUGGUAUGAAUUUGACCACCUUCUCAUCCAAUAUGCAAAUGGGGCGUCUUAAGAAAAUCAGGAAUGUGUGGGUCUUCCAUUGCUGAAGUGUGGGAACGUCUGCCUUGCCCUCGAUCAGUGCUGAGGGUUCGCAGGAGCACCAAUGCAUGCACAGAGUUCCCUCACUAGUAGCAACUUCCCCCGUUCAUUUCAAGGAAGGAAGGCAAUCUUCUAUAUUGCUUUGUAUGUGUGGAUUGGCUCUCUCCCUUGAAAGGAAGAGAGGCCUCUGUUUUUUCAUUGGAGCACUAUGCAUGCAUCAGAGCACACAUAGAAUUAAUAAUGUUAAGAACUGUGGUGUUCCCAUACUGAGGGCAAUCUACCAAGUCCCCCUCCCCACCGCCCCACUCCAUCCCCAUCUGCUUCUGUGG